GUCGAACCAGGCCAUGUGGUGGUGGUUGGCGCCGCCAGCCGAGGAAUCAUUUCUCGUGGGCACCAGUACGAUCCAAAUGUAUACCAGGCUGUGUACUCUCCAAAUCCCUUCGAUCGAGUAACUGAUGACGACAUAGAAAGAUACAAAGAGAAUGUAGAACGCAAAAUAAAGGGACUUCCUUCACUAGAAGAAGAAGAGGCUGCCAUAGCUGCCGAGCUAGCUAGACAGGAGGCUAUAGCGGCAAUGCAAGAGGCUUCAACUAUAUGUGUCGAAAAGACGGCCAGAACUGCUCAGCCACGACGUACGUCUAUCUUUUCCCCUUCCCGAACUAUGGACUUCGGUCCUUUUGGCUUCUCAUUCAAUAUUGCCUUAGCCACCCUUAUUUUAUAG